AUGGUGAAUCUUGCCAAGGCAUUAGAAAAGGAAGGAAUCGCUACCUUCCGUUUCGACUUUGCUGGAAAUGGGGAAAGUGAAGGUUCAUUUGCAUAUGAUACUUAUUGGAGAAAGGCAGAUGAUUUACAAGCUGUAAUCGAACACUUCAGCAGAGAAAGCCGUGCCAUAAGUACAGUUCUUCGGCAUAGUAAAGGAGGUGAUGUGGUGCUCCUAUAUGCUUUAAAAUAUCUGGAUAUCAGUGCAGUUUUCAAUAUUUUUGGCCGUUAUGAUCUAAAGAGAGGCAUCAAAGAACGGAUUGGAAAAUAUUCUAUGGAAAAGAUCAAGCAGGAUGGAUUCAUCGAUAUUAAGAAUAGAACAUGA